UAAUUCUUGGAAAUUUACCCAAACUUUAUUAGGAGAGGGUGCAAGCGCUUACUGUUAUUUGCAACAUCUCGCUAUUGUGACCGAAGAAGCAAUUUCUCUCUCUCACUGUCAACAAAUGGCUCUGGAAGUCUGUGUGAAAGCUGCCGUUGGUGCUCCCGAUCUUCUUGGGGACUGCCCAUUCUGCCAAAGGGUUCUGCUAACGUUGGAGCUGAAAAAAGUUCCUUACAAGGCACACCACAUCGACACCAGUGACAAACCCAAAUGGUUUUUGGAGGUAAACCCAGAAGGGAAGGUGCCAGUAGUGAAGUUUGAUGAUAAAUGGGUGCCUGACUCUGACGUGAUUGUUGGAAUUCUUGAGGAGAAGUACCCUGAGCCUCCUCUCACUACUCCUCCUGAAUUUGCCUCUGUGGGAUCAAAGAUUUUCUCAUGUUUCUUCCAGUUUCUUAAAAGCAAGGAUCCAAAUGAUGGGACAGAGCAGGCCUUGCUUGAGGAAUUGAAGGCGUUGGAUGAGCAUCUGAAGAAACAUGGGGGUCCAUUCAUUGCUGGCGAAAAGAUCACUGCAGUCGAUUUGAGCUUAGCACCAAAGCUGUACCACCUUGAGGUAGCUCUAGGGCAUUUCAAGAAGUGGAGUGUCCCUGAGAGCUUUCCUCAUGUUCACAGCUACAUGAAGACGCUAGGCAGUCUGGAAUCAUUUCAGAAAACCAAGACUGUACCGGAAUAUGUGAUUGCAGGAUGGUCACCGAAGGUCAAUGCAUGAACUAGUCCUAAAUUUUAGCUUCUCUAAAACUUAGUUAUGAAAUGUGUGUGAGACUGAGGUUUUGAAUAGCCAAAAUGGACACUGGUCCCCUAUCCAAUAAAUGCAGUGUUGAUAGUUAUAGCUAUGGUAUCUGAAUUCUGAUGUUUGUUGUUCAGCCAUUAGAGAAGUUACUAUUUGCUUGUU